AUUCACACUAUGUGUUGUAUGAUGAGCAUGAUGCACCUCCGUGGUAUUUCAAGACAUACGCUGCACUGAAUCCUGGAAAGGACUAUGGCGCAAUGUGGAAGGAGGGAAUGACGCUGGAAGUAUUGGAUCCACUAGAUACCUGGAAAGAAUUGCGGCCAGCAACAGUUAUCGAACUUAGCUUUGAAGGCGAUAAGUCAGAAGAGGAAUCGGUGGCAAUACACUGCUCAUCGGAGCUAUUAUUUCCGAUUGGAUAUGCCAGGAGGUACGAUUUGCGAUUGAAGGGCCAGGGAAAGUCCGGUACUUCAAAUUUUUUUUAA